CAUGGGAUUGGUUUCGUUUGGGAAGGAUGCAGCCGGGUGCAUCCUUGACAUUUGGGGCGGGGCAAGUAUUGGAACUGAUUUUGGGCAAUAGAAGAUGACGUAGAAAAACAAGAACACAAGUACGGUCAAGUACGGCGAAGUGAAUGUAAGCAGUGUGAAAAUGGCGAAGAAUUGUGUGAAUGGUGCAACUUUACGUGAUGGAAAUCAGAAUAAGAAGCCAGUCGUUCAUAAUGGCAGAAAACGAAAAGAAGAAGCAUCGGAGGUAACACUUUCUAAAAAGUUGAGAAGGAAGAAAGAGGGGACUACCUCAGGGAAAACAGAAUGCAACCUACAAGAAGAGAACAGCUCGGGGAUUAAAAAAUACAAGCAUUCCAGUAUUGUGCAUUAUAUAUACAGGAGUACUCUGGGACAGAAUAUCUACUCACAAAUGCGACAGUGUCUCCAGGAACCUUUCUUACACUCUCUAAGCUCUUAUCACAUCGUCCAAACAGCAAGCCCCUUCGACCGAAGAAUCACCUGUCUGGAAUGGCACCCCAACCAACCCAGCACCUUAGUCGUGGCCUCCAAGGGAGGAGACAUCAUCUUGGGGGAUUAUAGGUUUCAGAAGAUGUCUUGCAUUAUUGAAGGGAUGGGAGCUGGAGGUUCCAUCACAGACAUGAAGUUCAACCCUUUUAAUCCCAACCAACUGUUUACUUCAACUGUUGCGGGAACCACCUCCCUUCAGGAUCUACGUGGGAGUACCAUCAGAGUAUAUGCCAGCCCUGAAACAUGGAACUGCUGGUACUGUAGCGUGGAUGUGUCUCACAGCCGACAGGUGGUAGCGACUGGUGAUAACGUAGGACGAAUUUUACUUCUCGAUAUCAAUGGCCAAGAGCUGUGGAAUCAGAAGCUUCAUAAAGCCAAAGUAACUCAUGUGGAAUUCAGCCCAUGCUGUGACUGGCUGUUGGCCACAGCAUCUGUGGACCACACAGUUAAGCUCUGGGAUCUAAGGAACAUCAAGGACAAGAGCAGCUUCCUGUAUAACAUGCCCCAUGACAAGGCUGUCAAUUCUGCUUGCUUCAACCCCUCUGAUGGCUCCAAGCUGCUCACCACCGACCAGUACGACCAGAUUCGGGUCUACGACUCGUGCAACUGGUCCAAGCCGCAGACUGUCAUCUCCCACCCACACAGACAGUUUCAGCACCUCACGCCCAUCAAGGCCACCUGGCACCCCCUCUAUGAUCUUAUCGUGGCUGGGCGAUACCCGGACGAGCGCGUCUGCCCUGGCGAGCUGAGGACCAUUGAUAUCUUCACUCCCAGCUCUGGGACACUAGUCUGCCAACUGAACGACCCCAGUGCACCUGGCAUCAUAUCUAUUAACAAAUUCAACUCCAUGGGUAACGUGCUGGGCUCAGGAAUGGGCUUUCAUAUCCUUAUCUGGGAGGAGGAGAUGAGCUGUGAGGAAUACGGAUGCGUGAACGCAGGUGAUGACCCAGGCCCAGGCGACAGCCAGUCAAGGACCCGGUCUGGGCAUCGGCAACGGCAUAGUGGGGACUCAUUUGGAAAGGCAGACAAAGCUAAGCUGGAGUCACAGAGGUCCAAGAGUAAAACCACAGCUAAAGAUAGAUGCCAUCAGAAAGCAAGGAGGAAAUGAUCAGGGGUGCCUGUUAAAUACUUCUGUUACAUACAGCUACGAAGCUUUAGGCUACACAAACGCUAUCUGCAGACCAUUAAUGUGGGCAACAUGCAAUGUUUCAUGUAUGUUAAGUUUACAUUUUUCCACAUUUUGUAUUAUCUGAAUGCCAAGAAUAUUUUGUUUGACAAAUUGAA